UUAAAAUAAAGUUAUGAAACAAUUUUGAAUUAUUUUUUUUUUUACUUGAAAAAUAAUAUUUUUCUUUUCGUAAAAUAAAUAAUAAAUUUUAUAAAUUUUCUAAACUUGAAAUAAAUCAAUUCGAAAAACAAAAAAAUAAUUUUCUUUGUUAAUUCCAAAAAAAAAUACCUACAUUUAAAAAUAUAUGGAUUCGAGGUAUAACAAAAUUUAUUACAGUUAUUCAAAAUAUAACACAUUGUUAAAAUAAUUGAAGAAACGAAGCACAAAAAAAAAACCGGAAAACAAAAAAUUUUAUUAAAAUUGAAUUUCAAUAAUAAAAUAUUAAAAUGUUUAUAACAAAAAAAUUGAUAAUAUAAAGAAAUUAUAAUAACUACACACCUACAUACAUACUUAUAUGUUAUACAUAUACAUAUAAAGUAAAUUCUGUAUAAUAUGUUUUACAUUUAUACCUAGUAGCUGAGAUUUUAUUUUUUUUUUUAAUAAAAAUUUUUAUAUAUAAAAGUAUAACCCUUUUUAACUCUUUGACGACCAAAUAAGCGUAAAUUGGAUUAUCGAUUGGAGGAUUAACAUAAUAAUAUCAAAAAGAGAAAAAAUCAAAAGCAGAAAGUCUAAAAAUUUAAAGACUUUCACAAUGCAAAAUUGGGACUCACCAUUACCACCUGCCAAUUAUGAGCAUAAUUGGUACGGCAAUAUGUUUCCAGUUACACAUAUUAAAACUGAACCCCAAACAGUAUCACAACAAAAUCAACAACAAUCCUCACAGUCACCACCGUUAACAGUAAUGGAACAUUUAUUAAAACAAACAAAUAAUUCAAAUAGUAUCGAUAUAACAUCAUCAACAUCAUUAACACCAUCACCACGUCAAGAAAACAAUGAUAAUAACAAUUUUUUUGGUGAUAAUGGUAGUACAAUUACAACACCAAUGAAUAUAAAUAAUCCACAUUUACAUCCAUUGGGCUUUAAUCCACUGACACCACCCGGUCUACCUAAUGCAAUAUUACCACCAUUAAAUUUUCACCAAAAUCAUAAUGAUUUACAAAAUAUUCAACAUGAUUCACAUAUGCGAAGCCCUCCACCGUCAAAUAUUAAUAAUAUAUUAUUAAAUCAUAGUGAGUCCAUGGAACAGAAUUCACAACAAAUAUCAGAUCAACAAGCCAAUAAUUUGACAAAAUUCCAAUCGAAUGAUAAUAAUUCACUGACACCACGUAAUACGCCACCUAUGGAUAUUACACCACCAAAAUCACCAAAGCAUUAUAACAGCGGUAGUGAAUAUUUAGAAAAAGAUACAGACGCAAUAUCAAAUUCUAGUGAUUGUGCUGAAAGUGAUGAGGAUGAUGGGAUUCGUAUGCCAAUUUAUAAUUCACAUGGUAAAAUGAAAAAUUAUAAAUGUAAAAGUUGUGGUUAUAAUGCCAUUACAAAAAUUGCAUUUUGGACACAUACUAGAACUCAUAUGAAACCAGAAAAAAUUAUGCAGUGUCCAAAAUGCCCAUUUGUUACUGAAUUGAAACAUCAUCUCGAAUAUCAUAUUAGAAAACAUAAAAAUUUAAAACCAUUUCAAUGUGAUAAAUGCAAUUAUAGUUGUGUUAAUAAAUCAAUGUUAAACUCCCAUUUAAAAUCUCAUUCAUCCGUUUAUCAAUAUCGUUGUUCUGAUUGUGAUUAUGCUACAAAAUAUUGCCAUUCGUUUAAAUUGCAUUUAAGAAAAUAUGAUCAUAAACCUGGUCUAGUGUUAGAUGAAGAAGGCUUACCAAAUCCAGCUAUUAUAAUUGAUGUUUAUGGUACAAGACGAGGACCAAAAACUAAAUCAGUAAAUGGACGUAUAUCACAUAAAUCAAAAUUAGCUAACAGCGUUCAUUCUAUGAAUCAAUUAAAUGCACAAAAAUCAAAUUUAUCACCAUUAAAAACAUCAAGUUUAUCUGAUAUACGAAUAAAACCUGAAAGUAGAAUGAACAUGAUGACACUAAAUCAGCCACAACAACCAAUUCAACAACAAUCGCAACAACGAUUGCAAUCACAACUUUUACAACCAGUUCAAUUACAAAAUCAUCAAUUACAACAAAAUCUUCAACAAGUACAAUCGCAACCCCAUCAUCACCAACAAAUACAACAGCAGCAGCAACAAACUCAACCACAAAUUCCUCCAGCUUCAUCACAAAUACCGAAUUUCUUGCCAAAUCCUUUAGCAAAUAUGCUACAACAACGAAAUAUGCCAGCAUUUUUCCCGUAUUGGAAUUUAAAUUUACAAAUGCUAGCUGCUCAGCAACAAGCUGUAUUAGCACAGUUAUCUCCCAGAAUGCGUGAAGUUGCAAUGCAAACUUUAAAAAUUCAACAACAACCAAACGAAUCUCUUAAUAAUAUAACAAACGAACAGCAAAAAUUUACUGAAUUAAAGCACAAUAAUGGUGUUUUUCAUAAUGAAAACAAUGAAGAUAUUAAUACGAACAACGAUGUUGAUGAUGAUGAUGAAGACGAUCAUAGAUCCGAAAGUAGUGCUAUGGAUUUAUCGUCACAAGGAACUCCAACAAAGAUAGCCCGUUCUUCGAGCUUAAAUUUUGUUGAAUCGAAUAUAGAUUCUAUCCAAACUGUUGGAAAUAAUGUAGGGGAUAGUAUAUCAGAUAUUUCAACACCUACCACAGUAACUGGUUCAAGUUGUAAUAAUAAUAGUUCAAGAAGAAAGGGUAGAGUUCUUAAACUUGAAACAUUAUUACAAAAUAAAGAAUCUUCUAUAAGUAGUAAUGAUGAUUCUGUAAAAAUUCAUCCAAACGAAAUUGAUAUUAUUGCUGAUACUAAUAGAAAAGUUUCCGAUAAUAAUGUAAUGGAAUCUAAUGAUAAUAACAAUAUGAGUAAUAAUCAGUCGCAUCAUCGAAAAUCAACAUCGACACCAGUUAAUAACAACAAUAAUAAUAACAUAAAUAUUAAUAACAAUAAUAUUUUACGACCAUUAUCAUCAUCAUCUUCAGAUGAAUUAACUAUAGUUGAACAUAUACAAAAUAAUGAACGUGAAUCAAGACUAUCACCAAUAAUUCCUGAAUCAAAUAUCGAAUGUAAUAGUAAUAGCAGUAAUGGUAGUGAUCUUAUUAGUAUAUCAAAUAGUUCAAUAAAUUAUAAUCAAAAUAAUGCCAAUAACAAUAAUAAUAAUAAUAAGAAUAAUAAUAAUAACAUUUUUAAUAAUAAUAAUAACAAUAAUAUAAGUGUUAAUCAUAAAUUUAAUAGCAAUAAUGGUAAUCUAAAUAAUAAUAAUUAUAAUAGCAAUAAUAAUAAUUAUAAUAAUAAUAGUAAUAAUAAUAAUAACAAUAAUAAUAACAAUAAUAAUAAUAACAGUAAUAAUAAUCACAAUAACAGUAAUAAUAAUCACAAUAAUAGUAAUAAUAACAAUAAUAAUUCACCAUUAACUGGUAUAUUUGAAUGCAAAUAUUGUGAUAUUUAUUUCAAAGAUGCUGUCCUAUAUACAAUACAUAUGGGUUAUCAUAGUUGUGAUGAUGUAUUCAAAUGUAAUAUGUGUGGUGAAAAAUGUGAUGGACCAGUUGGAUUAUUUGUUCAUAUGGCAAGAAAUGCUCAUUCAUAAUUAUUAAAUUUUAUAUUAAGAGAAACCUUCAUAUUUUCCGUAUUUUAAAUUUAACAAUUUUUCUUUUAAUUUAAAUGAAAUUGCAUUUGUUUUAUUUUAAUCAUUUAAAAAUUCCAUUGUACAUAUGAAGAAUUUUGGAUUGUACAUGAAAAAAUUAUUUUA